UCUGGCCUGUUCUUUUGCUGCAGCCGUGAGAGACGAAGCAUGCAGCGCUACACAGAGCUACAGUGAGAGAGCGCUUCCGUCAGCCUCACUUGGUCCUCAGUCUGAAGGCGAGGGUACUACACACUUUUAUUGGCAAUUUCUGUAAGAGAACCAUUGCUCAAAGAGACACCUGAGGCACCUGAUCAUAUGACGAGCUCAAUUUGACCCAACUAUCAGUUGUAUUUUGCUUGAGAUUUCCACUGCGCCAGCGGGAUUCGAAGCAUGACCGCAGAGACCCUUGUGUCCUGUGUGCUGGUUACUGUGUUGGGUUUGAUGCUGGUGAAGUCAGCUCACAGUCAGCAUAUGUCGGAGGAGCCCUGCUCUGUGCAAAUCCUCGUUCCUGGACUCAAAGGGGAGCCAGGAGAAAAGGGAGAGAAAGGGGCACCUGGGAGACCUGGGAGAGUGGGACCACCUGGGGAAGCAGGUCCUCCUGGACUCAAAGGACAGAAAGGUAUUAUUGGACGUUAUGGAAAAAUGGGCCCAUCUGGAUUAAAAGGUUUAAAAGGUGAUAUGGGAGAUUCAGGACCAAAGGGCUCAAAUGGAGACCCAGGCAUUCCCUGCGAGUGUGCACCCUUAAGGAAGAUGAUUGGUGAAAUGGAUAACCACGUUGCACAGUUAACAAAUGAGCUGAAGUUUAUUAAAAAUGCACUGCCCUCCCCCGCAGCUGUCGCUGGCGUGAAAGAGACAGACAGCAAGGUGUAUCUGCUGGUGAAGGAGGAGAAGCGGUACAGAGACGCUGAGCUGUACUGCCAGGGCAGGGGCGGGCACCUGGCCAUGCCCAAAGAUGUCGCUGCCAACAGGGCCAUCGCCGGCUACAUCACGGAGGCCGGCCUCAGCAGAGUGUACAUCGGGAUUAAUGACCUGGAGCGCGAGGGUCACUUUGUGUACGUGGAGCGCUCGCCUAUGAGCACCUUCAGCAAGUGGAGGGAAGGAGAGCCCAAUAACGCCUACGCGGAUGAAGACUGCGUGGAGCUGGUGUCGUCGGGGGAGUGGGUGGACGUGGCCUGCUCCCUCACCAUGUACUUUGUGUGCGAGUUUGACAAAGUAUCAAUUUAAGUGUAUCAGAGCCACUUUUGCAGUGGGACAACAAUGAAAGAUUAUGUAGAAGGGAUUUUUUGCAGACUUUAAGAGGCAUAUAUUGAUGGGAAACACAAAGAAAUGUUGUAUUUCAUAUGGAAUGACAAUUGAAGGCAUUUCUUUUCAUGCAAUAUAUCUAUAAUGUUUUUUUUUUU